CGACCAACGACUACUAAAAUUCUGACAGUUUCGCUCUCGUUUCUCUCUGAAAAUAACAAUUUUAUCCUUUCACGCUUCUAAUUUCUAUCUUUGUAAAUGAAUCGAAAUAGUAAAAAUUGUACGAAAUUGUUCCAUGAAAGUUUCAAAUUUAACAUAUCGAAUAUUAAAUCGAUCAAUUCUAUUGGAAAGAUAAAAGAUAUUCUUAGGAAGAAAGAGUUAAUAUAAAGAAAAAAUAUGCAGAUCAAAGAUAAAAGAGUUAUCAUGACAGGAGUGGCAAGUGGGUUAGGUUUGACUAUUAGCAGAGAAUUGCUGAGAAAUGGUGCAUCUAUAAUAGCGAUGAUAGAUACCGAAGAAUCAGGGAAGGAAACAGUGGAUAUAUUAAAUAAGGAAUUCGGACGCAACCGUACUAUAUUCUAUCAUUGUAACAUUGCAAACAAUUCUGAAUUCGAUGAUACGUUUAAAAAAGCUGUGAAGACACUUGGUGGAUUAGAAAUUUUAGUAAAUAAUGCUGAUAUAAUGAACGAAACUGAUUUCAUGAAAUCUAUUGACAUAAAUGUGACUUCAGUGAUUCGUGCAACGCUUCUAGGAAUCCAACAAAUGCAAAAGGACCUCGGAGGCAAAGGAGGCGCUAUAGUAAACAUAUCAUCUUUGGCUGGUCUCUAUGCUGCACCUCAACUACCAGUAUACUCAGCCACGAAACAUGCUGUGGUUAGCUUCAGUCGUUCUUUUGCGCAACCAUAUCAUUAUAAAAGAACUGGAGUAAAAAUACUAGUCAUGUGCCCUGAACUUCCUCAAAUUAUCGAUGUGAAAAAUUUAGAGAACAACAUUCCACAUGAUGAUGUAAUACAGAAGUAUUUUAGAAGAAUGCUCAGUGUCGCGCACGGAUUAGUUUACGUGUUGAGGUGCGCCCAGAAUGGAAGUAUUUGGAUCAGUGAAGAUGGGAAACCUGUGUACGAAAUACAACUAUUCGAUAGUUUACCACAAAAGAAUGAUGAUUCCAUAUUGGAUGAAAAUGAAUCUGAAUUGCAGAUAAAUCUCGUUGUGAGUAUAAAUACGAUCAACGAAAACCGAUCAAACUUCAGUAGAACGAGACACGUUGAACUAUCUUGUGCUCUUCAAUUCUGGUUACUUAACACUAUCUCGUAUAUUCGAUUCAGUUGUGAUUUCCUUCGAAUAAAAAUGGAGAACGAGAAUAAUAAAAGAAGACAAUCUUCCGCAUCCGAGAAAGCGAAGGAAAUAGAGGCAAUAUACGGUCUCGUUUCUGGUAAGAACGUGCUCAUAACUGGUGGAUCUACGGGCUUAGGAAAUGCAUUUAUGAAUCAUUUUUUGAAACACGGUGCGAAUAAAAUAACUAUAUUAGAUAUUGACAAGGAAAUCGGUAAGCGAAUAGAACUGAGUGUAGAGAAAUCCUGCGGAGAAAAAAAAGUGCACUUCAUUCAUGCUGAUGUUUCCAAUCACGAACUUAUGACUGCGGCUUUUGAGGAAGCUUUGAAUUUUAUGGAUGAUAUUGACAUUGUCAUAAAUAAUGCUGGUAUUUUGGAUGAACGAAGAUGGGAAAAAGAAAUAGCAGUUAAUAUUGGAGGAAUGGUUCGUACCGCAUUAUUAGCUAUAAAAUAUUUGAGCAAAAACCAACUUGGACAUGGAGGAACUUUGGUGAACGUUAGUCAACACAUAGAUAUUAAAAGCACUGCUCAACUUCCAAUUUACACGGCCACCAAACAUGCCAUGAUUGGACUCUCACAAUCUCUCGCGGAAUCUUACCAAAUUGAAAAGACUGGUAUUCGUGUGAUAACGUUAUGUCCUGGGCUGACAGAAACUGCACUUACAGUGGAUAGCCCAAAUAAAUUACUUUCUCGCGUUAUGAAGGCAGACUUCGUAAAAACCCUCGAACAACUAUCAAUACAAACUCCAUAUGUGGUAGCUCAAGGUUUAAUGUCGAUCUUGAGAGUCGCAGAAUCUGGUAGUAUAUGGGUAAUUGAAAAUGGUCGGACUCCGUACGAAGUUUAUGUACCAAAUCCACGUAGUUUGCGACGUACAUAUAAAAACAAUUUUACAGUGGUUGAAACCAAAGUAGGGACAAGAGAUCAUCCUAUAAGAGAAGUUUGCGAUAAUACACUGACAGGUCUGAUGAGCUGCGCUUGACAUAUAACGCUGGAACAUAAGUGGCCAUGAUGAUCUGCGUUCUCCAAGAAGUUCUAAGGGUUGAGAUCGCAAUGACUUUCUGUCCUUUCGUUUGAAUAAUU